CACAAAGGGAAACUCUGCAAGAACAAAUAUAAAAGAUAUCAGUCAGAGAGGGGGGUGGAGGGUGGAAAACUACUUCCUUUGCAUGUUAUUUCCUUGAAUUAUAAGGAUUACGUUUCAGUCGAAAUGUUCAUUGCAGCCGUGGCAUGAAACAAUCUUGGCUUUGCUGCUGUAAACACGAUGUUUAAAAUAAAUUAGCUCGUAACAAGAUCCCGGUUUCGUAGAUACUUAAAGCUCGGUCAGAGAGAGCCGCGUUGGCAGCUCUGCAGCCCCCGUGGAAGAUGUGUAAUUCUAGAUUUGGAGCGCACACGGUCACAGAUCCGAGCAGUGGGGAAUGUGUGUUCUAAGGUGCGUCAUGUCAGACCCGACGGACAGACGGUCACAAAUUCGGACAGGAAACAAACCCUUGAGAAAACGCCAAGGAGCGGGGCACGGUCCUGGGGGGCAAUUUAGGUGGAUUUUUUUUUGGUUUGGUUUGGUUUUCCCGCGCGACGACUUUUGAUUUUCCCCCCGGAAAAUCUAAAGCAGGCGGCGAGCAGAGCUCCAGCUCCACCUCGGGCAAACGAGGAGCUGGAGGGGGGGAUGCGCAGGUAGAGCAAAGCCCAUCUCCGGCCGGCGAACCCGGCAAAACCCGGAGCAAAGUGGAGCUUUUCGGGUGGGUGGCCGGGAACCGCUCGACACUUUCGCUGUCGUCCUUUCCAGCCUUUGAACUUUGCAAAAAUCGGUGUUUUGUGGGGCGGACGGGCUCAGAAGGGGGGGAUGCGAACCCCGCGCACCUCCGAGGCACCGGCACGGCGCAGCUUUGCCCUCGGUAAAAAACCUCCAGCGACAUCUCGAUCGGCAACAAUCAAUAAACUCAGCUCUGGACCGCGAGCCAAGGCUCUUUUUUAGCCAUGAAAGGUCGGGGCAUAGAUUUGGUAUUAACAAAAAAACGCAAGAGGGCACAAUGCGGUGCCGGACACGGGAGGAGAGCGGGAUUUAGCAAAGGAUAAAGGAAAUACUUCGAUUUUCCAUUUAUCUUCCCAAUCCGGAGCUUUGGCGGAAACAAGAAAGGGGAAAGAUGCGAUGGAUGCAAAGGGAAGGUUGGGUUCAAUCGAGCGCAGCUUUCCUGAGCGGGGAGCGCUAAUCUAUGGUAAUUAGACAAGCACGAACCGAAAUAAGUUGUCAAAACCGAUUUCUUCCCAUACAGCAAACCUAACUCAACCGACCCGGCGGGAUCCCCUCCUCGCAAAGUUCGCACAAAAAACUUUUUAUUUCGUGUUUUCCUUCCCCCCCACCCCCCAUCUCCUGUUUUAUUUAACUCUGGCGAAGCACCCGGACGUUUUAGGACGAUCUGCGAACACGAGGGGCUGAAGUUUUCCGAAUGCAAAUAAUUAACCUCCCCCCACAUCCCCCCCUUGCAGCGGGUAUUUGUCCGGGUUCUAUCCGUGUAAAUAUAUAUAUAUAUAGGCGCGCACAUCGCCGGCCGCGCAGACGGGCGCUCGCACACCCCCGCACCGAGCUCCGGGGGAGGGAGGGAGGGAGGGAGGGGAAGAGGGGGGUGGAAAACACACGUUUAUUUAUUUAUGAAGCUCCGAGCGCGCCGGGAAUGUUUCUUUCGGCAGAUAUUAUAUAUUUGGUUAAGGGGGUGCAUUUCUGUUGUUUAAAAGGGAGGGAAAAGGGGGUGGAUGGUUUGUUCUUAGGGUCCCUGGUGCAAUCUCAGCUCCUCAUGGGUGCUAUUUUGCAACCUCAGGCGCCUGCUAUUGGUCAGCCCAUGAUCAGAUGGUUGUAUUUCCUUGUGUCCCUCGCUGGCACCACGCCAUCUCCCUUCAGCUAAAACCCAAUCUCCGAUAUACUACUAAUAGCUAAACCACUUGGACUAUAAAACACAACAAAUCAUAAAGCCGGGAAAGGACGGCGAGGCUCCUUCCAAUGAGUUCUUAUUUUGUCAACUCGACCUUCCCGGUGAGUCUGGCGGCGGGGCAGGAGCCCUUCCUGGGACAGAUCCCGCUCUAUCCCUCGGGCUAUGCGGAUCCUUUGAGGCACUACCCCAGCACCUAUGGAGCCACGGGCGUCCAGGAGAAGGGCUACACCUCCUCUCCUUACUACCAGCAGAGCAACGGAGCCUACAGCCGCGGCUCCGCCUGUGACUAUGGGGCCGGCGGCUUUUUCAGGGAGAAGGACCCUCCGUGCGCCCCCCCCAGCCUGGACGAGGUGCCCUUCGCCCCCGAGCCGCGCAAGUCGGACUGCGCGCAGAGCAAAACUGUGUUCGGAGAGAGCGAGGAGCAAAAGUGUUCCGCCCCGGUUUACCCCUGGAUGCAGCGGAUGAACUCUUGCAAUAGUUCUUCCUUCGGGCCCAGCGGCCGUCGAGGCCGCCAGACCUACACCCGCUACCAGACGCUGGAGCUGGAGAAGGAAUUCCACUUCAACCGCUACCUGACCCGGCGCCGGCGGAUCGAGAUCGCCCACUCCCUCUGCCUGACCGAGCGGCAGAUCAAAAUCUGGUUCCAGAACCGCCGCAUGAAGUGGAAAAAAGAGAACAAACUGCUCAACUCCUCGCAGCUCAGCGCGGAGGAGGAGGAGGAGAAAGCGGCGGAGUGAAAAGUAGUAUUUAAAAAAACGCACGCAAAAAAAAAACCAACAAAAAAAAAACAACAUAAAAAGAAGGAGAAAUUAGGGAGUGAGUGAGGGAGUGUGAGAGCCGAGAGGAUGAGGGGGGUGUGGGCUGGCUGCGGGGACAGGGAAAACCUGCACGUUGGUGGGACAAGCCCUCUGCAGCAGCGGCAACAGCCAGAAAGUUUGGGCCACCAAUGCCAUGGACUCGUAUUCCCAGUGAUCUGUCGUGUCCAGCAAAAAACAACAAAAGAAAUCAGGCUUCUAGUUGCGUUUGGAAUUCUUUUUUUUUUCCCCUUCCUAGACCUCCCUUCCCUCCCACUCCGCCCCCCUCCUCCCCCUCGAAAUGAAAUAAUAAUAAUAAUAAUUAAAAAGCGAAGAGAGAGCGAGAGAAGGAGGGAAAGAAAGGGGAAGAGAAAAGACACAAAAAAAAGAAAAAAAAAGAAAAAAAAAACAAGGACUCCUAGCCGUGUUUCUACCCUUGGUGUCACUGUUAGUAAUCUGCUAACUCUUGUAUUUAAUGGAAGUGCUGCAAUAUAUGUCAUUUGGGGUGUUUAUUGUCCUAAUUUUGUAAAAAUGUUUCAUGCACGGUUGACAUAGGUUUUUAUUUUUUUUCCUUUAUUUUUUUUCUCCUUUGGUAAAUUAAUCAAGCCCUGGGGUCUUUGUAAUUAGUUUUGGGGUGGUUUUUUUGCCUCUUUUUUUUUUUUUAAAAAAAAGGAAAAAUCUACUGAAAGAACGAGUACUACCUAAAAGGACGCAAAAGCAACAACAGAAAGUUCUAUUUUAUUAAUUUUUUGUACGUGUUGUGUUUGAAGUUUGUCUUAGGUAUGAACAUGGAAUUCUCUAAUAAAAGCGAAGUCUUCGAUCUCA